AUGCUUGCGUUGAGGAGGGUAGCUGGGAGUUUGCGUUUUGCCAAAGUUGCUCAGCCGAAUGCAAUGAUAAGCAUACGAGUAGCGAUUGGCCCUCUCCACCAUCAGCGCUCGUUGUUUUGCAGUUCCACACCGCUUUUUUGUAUCGGAGGUGGCGGUGAAAAUACGUUUGACGAUGCGGUAGUUGCGCGGGAUGAGAAGGGAAAUGCACUGAUACGGGUAAAGCGACUUCCUCUCACCUUAAUUGAAGAGGUCCCUCUCCCACAGCGCCUUCUGACAGAUCUUGAACUGGUGAUGAUGGCAUGGUGUGAGGAGCACGCACGGCAGUACGCUAUCAUUAUGGCGGCAAUUCGGUUAGGCAUCUUCCUAUUGUUGCUCAUUAUUCUUUAUGUGUUCUACCGAACACAACUUUCUAGCGAACGAAUGAUACGAGGGGUAGCCCACAUGCCAGCUGACCUACGUAUUGGCAAUGUAGUCUAUUUCGACGUUACGGAGAACGGCGCAGACAUUGGCCGUGUCGUGAUUGGACUCCUCACCGAGAACUGUCCCCUCUAUUGUGAGUACUUCCACCGACGGUGUACAGCCAGUGGAGGCACAGGUGACUCGUUUCGUGGUAUGGUGCUGAGUGCUAUUGUCCCGCGUCACUGUCUGAUCUUUGGUGAAGGGAAAGAAAUGACGCAUGACGUCACUGGCUUCAACCCACAAUAUUUGCCCACAGAGCACCUCGGCACCGGAUCAUGGAGAGGGGCACUGUCUUCCAUCGCGUACGGGGUUAACAAAGAGAGCCCCAAUUUUGCUAUUCACGUCUCUGCAGGUGACUACGCUCCACAAAUAUUUGGUCUUGUCAUUGGAGGAUUCGAUGUGAUUGAACGAAUAAACGCAGCAGGUUCAAAACAUGGCAACUGCCCAAAGAAGCAAUUUAUUAUAGCAGAGUGUGGUGAAUUAUGCACGCUUGCCAAAUCUCACAUUGUCCCUAUGCCAUGGAAGUUGUACGAAAGCGUUUCCAAGGGGUAUGACGAAGAGAAAUUUGGCGAGAGAUUUGAGCCCCAAUUCCUUGAUACUUCAGACGAGCGUUCUACCGCAAAGAUGAUGGGAAAUACAGUUGUUGGGGAAUCUGUAAAACAAACAAAGCCUUGGUGGCGGUUUUUUUAG